AUGAAUGAAAAAAAACUGGAAACAACCCCAUCACAGCGGAAAUUUCCUGAGUGGAUGUCUCCACAGAAUAAUAGAUACGCUGUAGAAGAAAGAAAGGCGUGUAUACAGAAGAGUGUUUUUGAAGAUGACCUCCCCUUCUUAGAAUUCACUGGAUCUAUUGUUUAUAGUUAUGAAGCUAGUGAUUGCUCCUUCCUAUCAGAAAAUAUUAGCAUGAAUCUGUCUGAGGGAGAAGUGAUAGGAUUUGACAUGGAAUGGCCACCCAUGAGUAAUAAAGGGAAACCAAGCAGAGUUGCAUUAAUUCAGUUGUGUGUGUCUGAGAGCAAAUGUUACUUGUUUCAUAUUUCUUCUAUGUCAGUUUUUCCACAGGGAUUAAAAUGGUUGCUUGAAAAUAAAGCAAUUAAAAAGGCAGGUGUAGGAAUUGAAGGAGAUCAGUGGAAACUUCUGCGUGACUUUGACAUCAAAUUGAAGAGUUUUGUGGAGUUGAAGGAUGUUGCCAAUGGAAAGUUAAAAUGUACAGAGACCUGGAGCCUCAAUGGUUUGGUUAAACACCUCUUAGGUAAACAGCUUCUGAAAGACAAGUCUAUCCGCUGCAGUAAUUGGAGUAAUUUUCCCCUCACUGAGGACCAGAAGCUAUAUGCAGCUACUGAUGCUUAUGCUGGUUUCAUCAUUUUUCGAAAACUAGAAAACUUGGGUGGUGCUAUGCAAAUUGUUGCUACAAAUAAAGAAGAUACAAUACUACCUAUUGAAAUGAAGAAGCAGUUGACUUCAAUCUCUGAAGAGGUGAUGGAUCUGACUAAGCAUUUCCCGGAAACUUGUAGAAAAUUAGAAAAUCCACAGAGGGUUUCUAUAAUAUUGAAGAAUAUUUCAGAAAGUCUGUGUUCACUGAGGAAAAUUAUAUUUGAUUCUACAAAAACUGAGACUGAACUGAGACCCACCAGUAGUUUUAACUUACUGUUGGAGGAUUCAGCUGUUGGUAGAGAACAACAGAAACAAAUUGGAGAGCACAAAAUUUUUACUAAAGUUAAAGAGGAGCCAUGGGACAGAACACUUGACAAUUUCAAUAAACAUAAUGGAGCUGAUGUACCUGUUAAUAAAGUGAAACUAGAAAAAGAUGGAUUCGAAGAUGGAUUAGAAGACAAUAAAUUGAAAGAAAAUAUGGAAAGAACUUGUUUGAUGUCAUUAGAUAUUACAGACUAUGAACUCCAAGUUUUGGAACAGCAGACAGAGGAAAAAACUCUUAAGGAUAAUUUUUACCAAUCUACUGAGUAUUUAUCUCCCAAUGAUAAUGAAGAAGAUUCAUCUUAUAUAAUUGAAAGUGAUGAAGAUUUAGAAAUGGAGAUGCUUAAGUCUUUAGAAAAUCUGAAUAGUGGCACGGUAGAAUCAAUUCAUUCUGAAUGCUUAAAAAUGGAAACAAAUCUGAGUUUUCCUACUGAAGAUGAUGAAGAUAAAAAUGAAGCUAAUGAAGAAGAAGAUGAUGAGGAAGGUAAACAUUUGUUGCCAGAACCCAACACAAAGCAAGUUAUUUGCCUCAAGACCUACUUUGGCCAUUGCAGUUUUAAACCGCUCCAGUGGAAAGUUAUUCAUUCUGUAUUGGAAGAAAGAAGAGAUAAUGUUGUUGUCAUGGCUACUGGGUAUGGAAAGAGUUUGUGCUUCCAGUAUCCACCUGUUUAUGAAGGCAAGAUUGGUAUUGUCAUAUCGCCUCUUAUUUCUUUGAUGGAAGACCAAGUACUCCAGCUUGAAAUGUCCAAUGUUCCAGCCUGUUUCCUUGGAUCAGCCCAAUCAAAAAAUGUUGUAGAAGAUAUUAAAUUUGGCAAGUACCGGAUUGUAUACAUAACUCCAGAAUUCUGUUCUGGUAACUUGGACCUACUCCAGCAACUUGAGGCUAAUAUUGGUAUCACACUGGUUGCUGUGGAUGAGGCUCACUGUAUUUCUGAGUGGGGACAUGAGUUUAGAAGUUCAUUCAGGACAUUGGGCUCUCUAAGGGCAGCACUCCCAUUGGUUCCAAUAGUUGCACUCACUGCCACAGCAAGUUCUUCAGUUCAGGAAGAUAUUGUACGUUGCUUGAACCUGAAAAACCCUCAGAUUACCUGUACAGGUUUUGAUCGACCAAAUCUAUACUUAGAAGUUGAACGAAAAACAGGGAAUAUUCUUCAGGAUCUAAAGCCAUUUCUUAUAAAAAAGACAAGCUCUGACUGGGAAUUUGAAGGUCCAACAAUCAUCUAUUGUCCUUCCAGAAAAAUGACAGAACAAGUCACUGCUGAACUCAGGAAACUGAAGUUAGCUUGUGCGACAUACCACGCAGGCAUGGAUUUCAAAACAAGGAAAGAUGUUCAUCAUAGGUUCAUGAGAGAUGAAAUUCAGUGUGUCAUAGCUACUAUAGCUUUUGGAAUGGGCAUUAAUAAAGCUGACAUUCGCAAAGUCAUUCAUUAUGGUGCUCCUAAGGAAAUGGAAUCAUAUUAUCAGGAAAUCGGUAGAGCAGGCCGUGAUGGACUUCAAAGUUCUUGUCAUUUACUCUGGGCUCCAGCAGACUUUAACGUAACUAGGCACCACUUUAUUGAGAUAUGUAAUGAAAAGUUUCGAUUAUACAAAUUAAAGAUGAUGGCAAAGAUGGAAAAAUAUCUUCAUUCCAACAAAUGUAGGCGACAAAUCAUCUUGUCUCAUUUUGAGGACAAAAAACUAAGAAAGGCGUCCUUGGGUAUUAUGGGAACUGAAAAAUGUUGUGAUAAUUGCAGGUCCAGAUUGAAUCAUUGUUAUCCCAUUAGUGACUCAGAUGAUACAUCACUGGACUUUGGUCCGCAGGCAUUGCUGCUGCUAUCUGCUGUGGAUAUCUUAAAGGAAAAGUUUGGAAUUGGAGUUCCAAUUUUAUUUCUCCGAGGAUCUAGUUCUCAGCGUCUUGCAGACAAAUAUCGCCAUCACAAGUUUUUUGGCACUGGCAAGGAUCAAACAGAGAGUUGGUGGAAGGCCUUUUCCCGUCAUCUCAUUACUGAAGGAUUUUUGGUAGAAGUUCCUGGGGAUAACAAAUUUGUAAAGAUUUGCACCCUUACCAAAAAGGGUAGAAAUUGGCUUGAUAAAUCCAAUACAGAAUCUCCUCAGAGACUUAUCCUUCAAGCUAAUGAACAGUUGUGUCCAAGGAAGUUUCUUCUGCCAAGUUCGAAAACUGUAUCUGCAGGCAUUCAACAGCAUUCCUCUAAUCAAAUACCAAUUGAAUUAACUGCAGUGAAGAAGCAAUCUAACUUGGAGAAGAUGUAUUUUUACAAAGCACUUGAGAAAAUUUCUUCUGGAAAUAACAUUUCUAAUAAAAGUGUCAUGAUUCAGUCACCAAGAGAAUCUUACAGUUUCUCAGAACACGCUAUUUCAUCCCAAGAGCAAGAGGCUCAGACUGUGUUAUAUGGGAAAUUGGUAGAAGCUAGGCAGAAACAUGCAAGUAAAAUGGAUAUUCCUCCAGCUGUUCUGGCAACAAAUAGGAUACUGGUGGAUAUGGCCAAAAUGAGACCAACUACUGUUGAAAAUGUAAAACAGAUCGAUGGUGUUUCUGAAGGCAAAGCUACUAUGUUGGCCCCACUGUUAGAAGUCGUCAAUCAUUUCUGCCAAGUAAAUAAUCUUCAGAUAGAUCUCUUUUCAAAUACAAAGCCUCAAGAAGAACAGAAAAAAAGUCUGGAAGUGAAAAAUAAAAAAUGCUCACUCUCCCAGUCUGCAGCUGUUACAUAUUCUUUAUUUCAAGAAAAGAAGAUGUCUUUGCACAGCAUAGCUGAGAACAGGAUUCUGCCUCUUACAGCAGUUGGCAUGCACUUAGCCCAAGCAGUGAAAGCUGGCUACCCUCUGGACAUGGAGCGAGCAGGUCUGACUCCAGAGGUUCAGAAGAUUAUUGCUGAUGUUAUCCGAAACCCUCCCAUCAACUCAGAUAUGUAUAAUAUUAAACUAAUUAGAAUGUUAGUUCCUGAAAACAUUGAUGUGUAUCUCAUCCACAUGGCAAUUGAGAUCCUCGAGAGUGACCAUGACUGCAGAUCCUCAGGCCAGUCUUCAUGUGAUUCUAACAUGAAGAGAUGUUUUCCCAACUCGGAAGAGACCUAUUCAAGCUCUAAGAGAAGCAAGGAAGAAGUACUCACUAAUACCACCAAGAUUUCAUCUAAAACUUCACCACACAGAAAAUUACCUGAGUGGUUUGCCAAAGGAAAUGAGACCUUAGCUGAUACCAGCAAGAAAUCAAUGACAAAAACAAAAAAGAAAGGUCUUUUUAGUUAAGAUGACAAUCGCAAGAACAACUUUGUAUAUUUUACUGAAUUGUAAGAGGAGAUCUAUAUUAUUUCUGAAAAGAGUAAGGAAUAAUAUUUUAGCUUAAAAAUUUAUUCUGAUUACAAAGUAAAACAUGCCUCUGUAUUGAAGGACUGGCAUCCUAAAUCAGCCUUCCACAAUUCAGAUAAAGUGUUUAGGUCUUCUGAGGCCUGGAGUUAUCAUGGAAUAGAAUAUUAAAUUAUAUUUCCUUUAAGAUUGCUUUCAGAAACCAUGUUCCUGUUCUGUGUUCUAAUCUCUAUACUUAUAGCAGUUGUAAAUUUGGAAAAUGUAUGGUGUGUUGAUUUGCAUAAUACUCUUAACAAAAUUCUGUCUUAUAAAUGUAAGAAAGCAUAAUCAUUUUUCAAAUUGCCUUUGCUAUCUUUUGCAGAAGCUCUGAUAAGCAUUGUUAGACAGUGUUAGUUGAUCAGACCAGUAAAAGUGAAACAUUUUGGGUUAUGUGUGAGUGUGGAAAAAGAAUGUAAUAAAGAUUCCAAUUGCACUAGACAACUAUACACUUUAUGUUUUCUAUACUGCUUCUCUUGUUUUUCAAAUAAUAAUACCCUUCAUAAUGAAUAUUACAAAGAUGUAUUUUUAAAAUUUCAUUUACUUAAUGACUGAGUGCCUGUAAAAUUUGAGGUGUCAGAAUUUGUUUCACAAACAACUUAAACAUCUAGAACUCAUACUCUGAUACAGAGUAAGGUAAACCAUGGUUAUAUAACUAUAAGAAAAAAAAACCCUAGGAAAUCGAGAUAAGUAAAAAAAUAAAUAAAAAUCAAAACAGUUCAUAGUUCUACUGGUAAUCAGUCAACUCCUUUUGUGUAUCCUGCCAGAACUUCUCAGAUUCACUUGUUUUCUUAGUUUGUUACGUGA